AUGACCAGACCGAACAAAAGUUAUGCUGUGCAGAUACUUAGUCAGUUCAUGCAUAAGCCAAAACAGUCUCACAUGAAUGUCGCGCUGAAGGUCGUGAAGUACUUGAAGAAAUGUCCUAGUCUUGGAAUUCUUCUCUCUAGGAAGUGUGACAUGAAGAUGACUACAUACUGCGACGCAGACUAUGCAACCUAUCUUAUGAGCAGAAGAUCAAUAACUGGUUUUUGUAUCAAAUUGGGGGAUUCUUUGCUUUCUUGGAGAACAAAGAAACAACCAACUGUCUCGUUAUCUUCGGCAGAGGCGGAAUAUCAAGCCAUGGCUAAAACCACAUGUGAAAUAGUGUGGUCGAGAGGGUUACUUCAAGAUCUUGGAGUGCAGGUCAAGGGACCAACAAGAUCAUUCUGCGACAAUGAUGCAGCCCUCAAACUUGCAUCCAACCCUAUCGUGCAUGAGAGAACGAAGCACAUAGAAGUAGACUGUCAUUUCACCCGCGAGAAAAUCCAGGAAGGGAUAGUCGAGACACAAGGGAUUGGAACACAAGAACAACCGGCUGAUGUCUUCACCAAACCUCUGUGUCAAAGACAGCAUGCAUAUCUCUUGAGCAAGCUAGGCAUCUUUAACAUAUACAAGCCACCAGUUUGA